UAUAGUUACAAUGCCGUUGCUAACCAUGAUGUCGUAAUUACCACCCAGGCCUUCGAAGCUCUGCCCUUCUUGAACGCAACCACACACACUGAUAAAGCCUUCGAUCUCGUGUCGGAGGAAGACAUGUUUGGUGAGGACAACGGUGGCAGGAACAACGCUGCAAAAAUAAUCAUCUUUUUGACUGAUGGGUUGUCCAACAACACAGCAAAAAGUACGUUGAAAUUAGAUUAUGGGGUAGUGAAUUCCCAAGAUCUGGGGAAAAUUCACAAGGAGUGGCAUAGCUCCUUUAAAUAGCUAUAUAGUGUUGGCAUAAAGACAUUUAAGUUGCACUCAUUUGUAAAUCGCUAUCCAUUAAUGCAUCAGUGAAUAUUUAUCAAUAUAUAAGAUCACAGUUUAGCCAUUCAUCAGUCUAUAUAUAUAUAUAUAUAUAUAUAUAUAUAUAUAUAUAUAUAAAUGUCCACAAUAAAUCAAUAUACCAGUCCAUAAUGCAACAGGCCGGUACAUAGAAUAAAUAGGAGGGGUAGGUUGGGACGGAGGUGUCACGUCAGUCAAGUCAAAAGUUGUCACAAAAAAUACGAGUUCUAAAAUGUUAAUUUCAUGGCAUCUAUUCGGUUCUACUCCAGCUGUGAAGGUGCACAUUUCAUUCCAAAUAUUGAGGAAGGAAAAGCUUCAUAUGCGCCAGCCUUUAUUUCAUUGCCUUUCCUUGAUCAUGACAAUCUCUGUGUCUCCUGCAUGUGGUCAUGACAAUCUCUGUGUCUCCUUUACGUGAUCAUGACAAUCUCUGUGUCUCAUGCACGUGAUCAUGACAAUCUCCGUGUCUCCUGUUACAGCCGCAGAGGCCGCCCAGGCGCUCAAGGACCAGGGAGUGUCAAUCAUCUCUGUUGGCAUUGGUCAGUACUCACUCGCAGAACUCAAGGCAGUAGCAAGUGAUGAUAAAAACGUCUUCACGGGGGCUAGUUUCGCGGACAUUGAGAAGAUAACUCUGGAAGUGGCGGCACGCGCAUGUCAAGGUCAGUGA